AUGAAUACAGAAGAGGGACAGUUAAAUAGUAAAAUAACCUAUUUAAAUGUAGAUGACACUUGUAAUAUGUGGGAAUCUCUAACUUUCGAGGAAGUAAGAAGGCUUCAUAAUAAAUUUGUAGAGGAGAGAUUUUGGUCACAAUUCCAUACUCCAAGAAAUGUCCUUUUAGCUCUGGUUGGUGAAGUGGGUGAAAUUUGUGAAUUAUUCCAGUGGAAAAGUAAUGUAGAAAUAGGACUUAAAGAUUGGUCUGAAAAAGAAAAAGUGGAAGUAGCUGAGGAAAUAGCCGAUGCAACUAUAUAUUUAAUCCGUUUAGCACAUCUUUGUAAUAUAGAUAUAUCCAAGGCAAUAAAAAGCAAGAUGGAGAAGAAUUGCAUGAAAUAUCCAGUAGAAUUUGCAAAAGGAAAUCCUGCUAAGUAUACUACUUAUCAGAAUAUUGAAAAUAAAGAAUAUUCAAAUAGUUUAUAA